UAUAUUUUUUAUUGUGUUAUGUUGUGUAAAAGUAAAAAAAUAAAUUUAAGAUAUAUCAAAAUGGAUGAAAGAUGUGUAAUAUUAUUGAAGAAUUAAGAUUCGAAUUAUUUCCGAACAUAUUGUGUCUGAUACCAAUAAUACUUUACAUCGUAAAAAGAAAAUAAAAUUUUUUAUAAAACAUGUUACUGUUACGAUUUAUUUUUCGUAUCAUUCAAAUAACAUUUAUAGAACUAGUUUCAUAAUCAGAAAUACUGCAAUUAUUUACAAUACGUUUAAGCGAGGUAAUAAAAAAUAUAAUUUUCACUUAGAGCAUGUUGUAAAUAGAUUUUGGAUAUUCCACGUUCUUUUCACACAAGGACAACUAUUGGUACCUCUAGGGAAGUUAUAUUUUAUUUAAGUUAUUACUUUUUAUGUGAAUUUUGGUUCAGAAAUUUUAUAUCAAUUUAAUCUUCUGUAUCAUACAUAUUGUAUCAUAAUUAACAAAAUAAAUUAAUUGCCAUUAAAGAUGCAUGCCGUAGCUCUAUUCUUUAUUCCAGAGUGAUCAGCAUGGCACAAAAAGAGACUACUAAUCUAAUUAGAGAAGAUUUUGAUGCUGGCCCAUCGAGCUAUGAUGAAAUUAUUCCUGUAGAUUCAUGUCCACUUCCAAGAAAAAUCCAAGGACUUCUACCAAAUUUGACUGUAAAAUACAUACAAAUUACUGAUAUGCCACGCGAAGAUCUUUUAACUCACUUUGAAGAUUCUUAUGAGUUUAUAGAUCAUUCUCUACAGCAGAAUGAAAAAAUUUUGGUACACUGCUAUUUUGGUAUUUCUAGAUCAGCUACAAUUGUUAUUGCAUAUUUAAUGAAAAAAUAUAAAAAAAGUUUCUAUGAUGCGUUUGAAGCUGUAAAAGAAAAGAGACGCUUUGUGGGACCUAACGCUGGUUUUUUAGCGCAGUUGAAGCUUUAUGAAGAAAUGGGUUUUGGAGUAGAUAAUACUAACGUACAAUUCAAAAUGUAUAAAUUACAAAUUGCAGGUGAUAAGAUGCGAAAGGCAAAAAUUUUACCACAAAAUUGUGCAGAUUUGAUAAAAUCAGAUCCAGCUCUUGCUACGGUACAUCCAGAGCCAACAGUGUAUCGCUGUAAAAAGUGUAGAAGAAUCAUAGCAAGUGCUAGCAAUAUUUUGCCACAUAUGCCAAACGAAAGACAAAUCUGGAGACAUAUAAGUACAAGAAAAACGUCGCGCGAAUUGUUGGAACCGCUACAUAAACGAGAGCAGCAACCUGCAGAAUUUUGUACAAAAAUAUUGUUUGUGGAGCCGCUAGCUUGGAUGCCCGACAUAACGCACAAUGUCGAGGGGAAAUUGAAUUGUCCAAAAUGUAAUACAAAACUAGGCUCUUUUAGUUGGAUAGCGGGUAGUCAAUGUCCAUGUGGCAGCAAAAUAGCACCUGCAUUUUAUUUGGUUCCUUCAAAAGUAGAUUGGAGUAAUGCUGUGCAAAAUGUACAAGUAACUGUAUAGUACUAAACUGUAUCUCUAUAAUUAAGAUCUUUUGGACGGAUGACUAGCAUGUAAUAACUAAUAUGUAAGCAGAAAUUUUUGGAAUCUUUUUACGUGGUUCUAGCUCGAUUAACGUUAUAACGAAUAUACGUGUGACCAAUGUACUUAGGAAAUUUAUAUUCUAAUUUUGUGCCAAUGUUCUUACAUUAUAUGUGAACAUAUUCGUUUUACGACUACAACUUUACAUAUUUCUUGCCGCAACGAGUACACGACCCGUUCUUCCACAGAGAGAGACCGAUCACUGUAUUUAUACAUCUUGCUUUUUUCUAUGAUUAACAUACAUAACAUAAUAACUUUGUAGACUAACAUAUAACAUUUUCUGUAUAGAUGUCUUGUAUUAAGCAGAUAAUACAUAUAUGAUUUUUAUUAUUUA